CAAAGAGAUAAGGCAUCUUUUCCUCAACCUCCUGCAGCUCGGUGUCGACGCAGCUGAACUCUAUGACGGCGCUACUCUGGGCCGACUUCCUCAAGCCACACCCCUUCUUCGCCUCCUUCAGUGACGUCAAGGCAGGGGCGCUGCAGAAGAUCAUAGUCCUCCUCUCGGGUAUCGUGGCCAUUGUCCUGGGUCUGGUGGUGUCGACGCUGGGGAGGUCCUUCCUGAGGGCGCUCUUUGCCAUCACGGGCGCUCUCUCCGGUCCUCUCAUCGGCCUGUUCACCGUCGCCCUCUUCCUGCCUUGGGUCAAUCUGAAGGGAGCGUCGUCUGGCUUCUUCAUCUCAAUCAUACUAAGUGUGUGGUUAGCCAUCGGUCAGCUGCUGAACCAAACGCAGGAACCCUUUUUGACUAUGUCCCAGGAGGGCUGCCCAGUCACUAACGCCACCACGAUAGCUGUCAACGCCACUACACUGGCUGUCACUGAAUCCACUUCCAUCGCCUCUGUCACGGAUGCCACCACGGAGGUUUCCUUACCGAAUGAAGGACACGGUGCCCGAGGUAUAUACGGCAUUUCCUACUGUCUGAAUUCUUUUCUGGGAGUCGUCAUUUGUAUCGUGGUGGCCACUGUCGUCACAGCUGCCACAGGCACCAACUCCUUAGACGACGUGGACCAAAGCCUCGUCAACGGAGCGGCGUGGCGACUCUUCGAAAGGCUAGCAAUCCUCCGCGGUCGAGAGUCUCCCCUUAAAAAAGUCCUCCCGAAAGCCACCGGGUCUGCGAGCAUAGAAAACGGGAAAGGGGACAACACAGUGAAAAGCGCGGAGGAAGUAGAUGAAAAAGAUCCUCUCCCUGCACGUAGGGGGGACUUGAAGAAAAACGAUGCUGAUGGUAGCGUGUGAGGAAUAAGAGAUGAAGAAGGGUGCGAUGAACAAGGAAAAUAAUGUGGAGAACAAGGAAAAAAGACGAGAGUUUGAAGAACAACAAGAAAAUGUGAAGGACAAGGAAAAAAGACGAGAGUUUAAAGAACAAGAAAAAUGUAGAGAACAAGAAAAGACAUGAAUUUGAACAAGAAAAAAUGUGGAGGACAAAAAAAAAAAAAAAAAAAAAGAAACAAGAUUUUGAAGAACAAGGAAAAGAAAGAGAAUCGUGUAUAGGACGAGAUAAGAGGAGCGUUUGAAGAACAGAAAAUAACAAGCCGUUUUGACGAACAAGAAGGAUCGAUAUAGGAGAUGCUUUUGGAGAACAAGAACAGUUUUAAAGAAGACUAUAUUAUCAACAGAAAACAAAGAACAAAGGAACUGUACCUGGAGUAAGAACAAAGUUAUUUAGAGUGAAAAAGAACAACAACAAAGAAGUAAAAGAAAAAUAAGUAGAUAAAAAUAAGACAGAAUAAAUGAAUAAAUAAAAAGAUAGAAUGCAUGAAUAAACAAAAAUAACAGCAGACCAAAAAACGGAAGUAAAUUGAAAACAUGCUUUAAAGAGAGCAUGUAAACAAUAAUAAAAACAAAAAAAACAGAACAUAAAUAGAUAGAUAAAUAGAUAAAAGACUAAGAAGAAACAGUCUCUCCAAAGCGUGGACACUUUCUAAGAAAAUGAGAAGAAAAAAUAUCUUCAAGAUGGUCGUGCAAAGGCAAGGGUCACGUGAUGAUGUUAGGGUCACGUGAUGCAAUUCUUGAGUUUAAGAAUACGUGCGUGAUGGAGAAGCAGAGACGCAGAAGAUGCCUCAUUAAAGUGGGAAAGUCUUCGUUAUUCUUGGAAUAAAUGUAAUUAAUAAUGAUAAAAAAACGAUUAAAAUGUCAAAAUAUA